UCAGUUGAUUCAUUCGCGCGAGCGUUCUUCAGGAGCUCCUCCAAAGGACAACGGUGUUAGCUUUUUGGCUAACAGUUCUCCCCUCAGCAGUCUGGGAUGUCGUUUUUUACGAAAUAAACGCCUUAAAAGUGUCAUUUAAACAUCUUAAUUCCAGCAAGUAGUUUUUUUUAGUUUAGCUAGAAAUAAAAUAAUUUGUCAUAUUUAAAUAUUAACGGUGAGGUUGACAUGGCAACCGUAAUGAAAAAGCGAGGGAAAGGAAAGCAGGAGACUGUUGAGUGGGACAGCUUAUUUCAUCAAGAACUGAGAACCCAGGAGCAGUCAUUGGUGUUUGUUAAACGAAUGCUGGUUUUGGCCGUGUCCUCUGUAACGUACCUGCGUGGGAUCUUUCCAGAAGACGCGUAUAGAUCCCGCUACUUAGAAGAUUUAUGCAUCAAAGUUCUUAAAGAGGACUGCACCUCUCCAGGAGCCCGCAAAAUUGUCAAGUGGUUGAUGGGGUGUUUCGAUGCUUUGGAGAAGAGAUACCUGCAAAUUGUGCUUAUUGGGGUGCACAGAGACCCAGAUGACACAAAUCAUGUCAUAGAGUCUUACCAGUUCAAGUUCAAAUACACAGACCAUGGGCCUCAGAUGGACAUCCUCAGAAACGAGAACAUCGAGAUGAGGGUGACCAUGGAGGACACAAAGAAGGCCUCGGUCCUGCUGAUCCGGAAGCUUUUUCUCCUCAUGCAGAAUCUGGACACGCUGCCAGAUGACAUCUACUUGACCAUGAAGCUCUACUAUUAUGAUGACGUGACCCCGUCGGACUACGAGCCACCGGGCUUUAAGGAGGGGGUGUGCGACAGCCUGUGGUUUGAGGGCACGGCCGUGCACUUCAGAGUGGGAGACCUGCAAACUCCUUUCCACGUGCUGAAGGUCGGAGUGGCAGCCGAGCAGGGCCGCGUGAGUAAACUUCAGGAGGGCGACCACCUGAGAGAGAGCGUCCAGGACUCCGUGCAGGAAGUGCCUGUACAAUACAAAGAGGAGGAUCUGCCAUCUGAGGACGAAUCAGCCGCGCAGUUCAAGCAACCCACAAAAGCCCCAGUGAAGAGAGGAGGCAACAGACUGUCUAAGAGAAAGAAGAAAGAAAUUUAAACGCACUGUAUAUAGCGGUUUGUUUGGACUGAGGUUGUAUGUUCGCACUGUGUGUAUAUCCAUGUAUUUAUUAUUAUUUAGCUGUUGUUGUUUAGUUUUGUUGUUUGUUCAAAUGUUAUUAAUCUACCUGGUGACACCCCUUUCAGAGACUGUAAUUCAGUAAAAGUGUAGAUAAAAAAUUAUAAAAUAAAAAUAAAAAACACAGUGCACGACUGUAGAACAGAAAUACUUUUAUUAUAUUCUGCUUCCCUGUACAUGAAAUUCUCAACUUAAAUACAAAUCUUAUGAUGUAAUUAUUAUAAAACUUUUUUUUUUUUUUUUUUACAAAAUACAUAGAUUAGUGUUGUAAUAAAACUUCAAUGUCCAUCUUAUACACUGUAUAAGAUGGUUUUAAGGAAGUCCCACUGCCUCUAUACAAGCAGCUUGCAUUAUUUUCCAUUUGUUUUGUCAUAAUGUAGCUUAUUUGAAUGUAUUAUUAUUAUUUUUAUUAUUAUUAUCAUCAUUAUUAUUAGAACGGCUGGACCUGCUGAGUAGAAGGAAAAGGUAACAUCUGUAUGUUUGGUAUAACGACGUCAUACGUGAGGAAAAUGCUGUAUGUAUGACGAUACACUGGUAUAACAGUAUGAAAAUGGUAAUCUUUAAAAAGAAAUUCUGUAUCAUUAAAUUUAAAGGAGUAAUAACAGAAAAUUGUAUUUCUACAAAUGGGUCUUAUAAAUAGUUUAUAGUAGUAAUAAGCAGAUAUCGGCGCAAAACCAGUAAAUGUUCGACUUUUUUCUCCCUGUAUCAUUCCAUCCCUCCUCAUAAUAAGGCACUUUGUAGAAUCGACAGCAGUACAUAUCAAGAACAAAUAAUCUGAUUAAUUGUUAAUCUCCAUUUAAAGAUAUCUGAACAGCGAACAUCUUUGAACCGGAUGAUCGUGUGAGUAGAUCUACAAUACUGAUACCACUCAUGGUUCUGUUCCAAACACGAUCAUAAAUCAUCUUUUUAGCGCCAGAACAUAAUGUUGCGUGUCCAGCGAAUGAAACAGCCUACAGGUCAUACAGUAUAAUUAGCUAUUACCUGAUUAUAUGACCGUUCCUUAUACAAGGUAGUGAAUUACCAAGCAGCAAUAAUGCAAAGCUAUGACGUUUCCAUGUUCGCUGUCGCGAACCGUGG